CUCCAUAUCUCAAUUGCUUCACAAGUCACAACUUUCUCUGCUUCUUAUUAUCACAUAAAGCAUUCUCUCUACUAUUUGCGGCUAAGAACUUGUCAUUCAGACAUGGAACUUAACUUCAAGCACCAACUUGGCCUUAUUUGUGUGAUAUUGAUAUUUCCAGCACUGUGUAACUGCAAGGAGUAUUAUACUAAAUCCAAAGCAACCUAUUAUGGCACCUCUGAUGGCUAUGGGACUCCAAUUGGAGUUUGUGGCUUCGGAGAAUAUGGAAGAACGGCCAAUGAUGGUAAUGUCGCAGCUGUGUCUGCUAGGCUAUGGAAGAAUGGAGCCGGUUGCGGUGCAUGCUAUCAGGUAAGGUGCAAAAUACCACAAUACCGUAAUGACAAUGGAGCAUAUGUGGUGGCAACAGACUAUGGUGAGGGAGACAGAACAGACUUCAUCUUGAGCCCACGCGCAUUCUCGAAAUUGAGAUGCAACAAAACUGCAUCUGAAGCAUUGAAGAAACACGGUGUGCUUGAUAUUGAAUACAAAAGAGUCCCCUGCACAUUCAAGGGCAACAACAUCAUAUUUCAAAUCACUGAACACAGCAGAAACCCCGGUUACUUCGCCAUCGUGAUUCUCUAUGUCGGUGGAAAAUCUGAUAUCACUGGUGUUCAGAUGUUGCAGAAAGAGUACCACAAAUGGGAGCUUCUACGCAGGUCUUAUGGUGCAGUGUUUGACAUUGCUAACCCACCUAAAGGUGAAAUCCGGUUGAAGUUCCAAGUGAGUGAUGGCAGUGCAUUGCCUCAUUGGGUGGGGCCUAAGUUUGCAAUCCCUGCAAAUUGGAAGGCUGGAGCUACUUAUUCCACAAAAUUGGUGUAAUUACAAGAAAAGAAACACUUUAAGAUCCCAAUAAGAGUUAUUGCUCUUUUGCCAAAGGCACUAGAAUAAUGGGUUACUUGUACUUUUUUUUAAUCUCAAACUACAUAUAUAUGGAGUAUGAAUAAAAUAAAUGUAGUACACUUUCUCUUUUA